UUCCAGAGGACUGAGAACUCACAAGAAAACGUGGUGGUGGGCGGGGGAGUGCCAAGGGUCCCAGGACUCAUGUGGGGCAAAAUAAGUUUAUCUGAUUUGUAAUUCGUGUAUCUUUUUCUUUUUUAGGCAGUCUCACACUGUACUUAAGCAGUCUUGGAACUCGUGGCAGUUCUCCUGCCUCAACCUCAGUGCUGAAAUUCCAGAUGUGAGCCACCGCGCAUGACUUAUUCUUAUCUGAUUUACUGGGUGGCAGGGUAGACAGAGCACCUGAGCUCAAUCUGCGAAACGUGUAUAGCAACCCCAGAAAGUACGGAGGAAACCCGGGAAUUCCUCCCACUCAGCUCAGUUCGCAAACUUUUUUUUCUUCUUCUUCAGGAAACAGUGUAGUUUCAGUUUCAGGUCUCUCCGUUUCAACAUGUGUUUGGACCGCUGUUGAUGAGCAGCUUCUAAGAACAGUGGCUGUUCCAAGGCACUGGGAGCAGGAGAAAGCACAGUGACCCGAGGCUGCUGAGAAUUUGCCCGCUGACUGCAGACCCCGAGCUGAGCCAGGCUGCCGUGGCAUCUGAAUCCAUCAUGAAGGCACCCAUUUGUCUAGUAGAAAACAGGAAGGAGCAGCUGGCAGUGAAUCCUGAAGCCAUACAGAUUCUCGACAAGAUUUCUCAGCCCUUGGUGGUGGUGGUCAUCGUUGGCCUAUAUCGCACAGGAAAGUCCUACCUCAUGAAUCGUCUUGCAGGACAAAACCAUGGCUUCCCUCUGGGCUCCACUGUGCAGUCUGAAACCAAGGGCAUCUGGAUGUGGUGUGUGCCCCACCCCACUAAUCCAAACUAUACCCUGGUCCUCCUGGACACUGAGGGCCUGGGGGACGUGGAAAAGGGGGACCCUAAGAAUGACUCCUGGAUCUUUGCCCUGGCCGUGCUUCUGAGCAGCACCUUUGUCUACAACAGCAUAGGCACCAUCAACCACCAGGCCCUGGAGCAGCUGCACUAUGUGACUGAACUGACACAGCGAAUCAGGGCAAAAUCCAGCCCCAGCCAUGAUGAAGCAGGGGACUCCAGUGAGUUCGUGAGUUUCUUUCCAAACUUUGUCUGGACUGUUCGGGAUUUCACUCUGGAGCUGAAGUUAGAUGGACGCCCCAUCACAGAAGAUGAGUAUCUGGAGAAUGCGCUGAAGCUGAUUCCAGGAAAGAAUCCCGGAGUCCAAAAUGCCAACCUGACUAGAGAAUGCAUCAGAUAUUUCUUUCCAGAACGGAAAUGCUUUGUCUUUGACCGUCCUACAAGUGACAAAAAUUUAUUAGCCCAAAUUGAAAAAGUUCCAGAAAACCAAUUGGAAUGGGAUUUCCAGGUCAAAUCAAAAAAGUUUUGUUCCUAUAUCUUCACCAAUGCAAAGAUCAAAACUCUGAGAGGGGGAAUUGCUGUCACUGGAAACCGGCUGGGGAGUCUGGUGAAGACCUACGUGGAUGCCAUCAACAGUGGGGCCGUGCCUUGUUUGGAGAAUGCAGUGAUGACCCUGGCCCAGCGUGAGAACUCAGCCGCUGUGCAGAAGGCAGCUGACCACUACAGCAAGCUGAUGGUCCAGCGCAUGAAUCUCCCCACAGACACACUCCAGGAACUACUGGAUGUGCACAGAGCCUGUGAGAAGGAAGCCAUUGCUGUCUUCAUGGAGCAUUCCUUCAAGGAUGAUGAGCGGGAGUUCCAGAAGAGCCUGGUGGUCACCAUAGAGACAAGGAAGAACGAUUUCUUGCUGCAGAAUGAAAAAGCAUCCAUCACACGCUGCCAGGCUGAGCUGCAGAAGCUUUCGGGGCCCCUCAUGGAAAGCAUUUCCAGAGGAGCUUUCUCUGUUCCUGGAGGGCACAGCCUCUACUUAGAAGCCAAGAAGAAGGUUGAGCAGAGUUAUGAGUGGGUACCCAGGAAAGGAGUUAAGGCAAAUGAUGUCCUCCAGAGCUUUCUUCAGUCACAGGCUGCUCUAGAGCUCUCCAUCCUGCAGUCAGACAAAGCCCUUACUGAUUCACAAAGGGCCAUAGCAGCUGAGCGGACCAAGAAGGAGACAGCUGAGAAGGAGCAGGAGCUGCUGAGAGAGAAGCAGAAGGAACAGCAGCAAAUGAUGGAGGCUCAAGAGAGAAGCUUCCGAGAAAACAUCGCACAACUUCAGGAGAAGAUGGAGAGGGAAAGGGCGAUGCUUCUGAGAGAGCAGGAGAAGAUGCUGGAGCACAAGCUGAAGGUCCAGGAAGAAUUCCUUAUUGAAGGAUUUAGAAAGAAAUCUGAGGCAUUAAUGGAUCAAAUAAGUCAACUAAGAGAAGAGAUGGAAAGAACUAGAAAGAGUCCCUCGCUGUUUUCCCACGUCUUUGAUACACUUGGCAAUGUGUUUAUUGCAGGUGUACCAGGGGUUGGUAAAAUAUUUGGUGCAGGGAUGAAGCUCCUUGGUUCACUUACAAAAUAG